ACCACGCCAACAAAAUACCAAUGCUCAGUCUCUAUUAAUUUCUAGACAAUUCUUUUAGCACCAAUUUGUAGCUAGCUCAAUUCAAUCUUGGCUUUCUAAGAACAAAAAAUAAAACGAAAACAAGAAUAGCAACUCCAUUUUCCUACUCUUUGAUCUGGUGGGGAUAAAGCGGAUACUGAUACUCAUUUCUCUACCACUGUUUUAAGUGGAGAAGAUGGGAACUACCUUAUUCCCUAUUUGUAGUUUUCCUUGGAGAUGUAAUCACCAACAAAUAGUACCUUCAAGAACCAAAGCAACUGCAGAGCCAAGAGAUGGCGGAUUUUUUGAUGGAGAAAAUGAGAAAUUGUCUGGCUUUUCCAAGAGGUCAGUUCUGGUUUCUGGGCUUUCUUUGCUUUCUUCUUCAGUUUUGGGAUUUCCAAGAGAUGGAUUAGCAGUUGUGAAACAAGGCCUUUUAGCAGGGAGAAUCCCUGGUUUAUCUGAACCAGAUGAACAAGGCUGGAGAACAUACCGUAGGCCGGAUGAUAAAUCUGGAGGCCAUGGUGUUGGAUGGAGUCCAAUUAUCCCUUACUCCUUUUCAGUGCCUCAAGAUUGGGAAGAGGUUCCAGUAUCCAUCGCUGAUCUUGGUGGUACAGAGAUUGACUUGAGAUUUGCCAGCUCCAAGGAGGGACGUCUGUCCGUCAUUGUGGCACCUGUUCUUAGAUUUGCAGACAAUCUGGGAGAUAAUGCAACAAUUGAGCGUAUUGGACCUCCAGAGAAAGUAAUCAGUGCAUUUGGACCGGAAGUAAUUGGAGACAAUGUAGAAGGAAAGGUUAUAAGCAUGAAUGUAGCAGAACAUUCUGGAAGAAUGUAUUACCAGUAUGAGCUAGAGCCACCUCAUGCACUGAUCACUGCAACUGCUGCUGGAAAUCGCUUCUACUUGUUCAGUGUAAUGGGGAGCGGUCUUCAAUGGAAGAGGCACUACAAAGAUUUGAAAAGAAUAGCAGAAUCUUUUCGUGUUGUCUAGUCAAGUUCUUUUGUCAAUUGUGAGAUAGGCAAAGUAGUUCGCUUUUUUCGUUCUUCCUCCCUGAUAAUGUAAAUUUUUUGCAAGAACAACGCACAGGUAGGAGGAAGCAUUUGCAGAAAAAUUAGUUCCCAUUUAAUAUCUCUGUUCAUUUACAAGAAAAUUUGAGAAAUGUUCUGUAGAUAUUAACAAUAUAUAUAUAUAUAUAUAUAUAUAGCCUA